CUCUCUGUCUCUCCCCUUCCUCUGCCCACUUUCAGGUCCCAGCCGUGCCGGGUGCAAUGAACGCUGGCUGCAGGGCUGACGAUGGAAGGCUGUGAUUUGCCUGUCAUCCUGGGAAAGGACCAUGGGGGCGCUGUCCCUCAGCACCAGCAGUGGACUGAACGUGGCAGCGCUCACCAUCUCCCCGGUGCACCUGGUAAUAUGGAGUCCUCAGCAGCGGAGAAUCUAGGUAAACCGCAGGCGCCCUUCUGCGAGCACUUGCCGGAAAGUGCCGCCUCUGCCUCUGCUUGCAGCACCGAACCCAGCAGCAAGGAGGUCAGCUGCGAUGAAUGCGCGGCCUCCUUUACCAGCUUGCAGACCUACAUGGAGCACCCCUGCCCCAGUGCCCAUCCUCUCCUCCCUCUGCAAGAGGACUGUGGGAGCGAUGCUGAUGAAGAGGAGAGCGACAUCGAGAACCUGGCCGGGGAGAUCGUCUACCAGCCAGACGGCUCAGCGUACAUUGUGGAAAGCCUCAGCCAGCUGGGCCAAGGCAGUGGGGUCUGCAGGGCUGGCAGCAGUAGUGGGGUGCUCCCGCCACUGUGGGGGAGCUCUUCCCCCAGCACGGGAACCAGGCCAGGGGAGGCUGCUGCGGCCACGGCACAGGCCUAUCCGCAGAUCAUCAGCACGUUCCACAUCGCCGCCUCUUUGGGGAAGUGGUUUGAGGGCCCAGAUCAGGCCUUUCCCAGCACCUCUGCCCUGGUGGGGGUCAGCCCCGUCCUGCACAGCUUCCGUGUCUUUGACGUGCGCCACAGAAGCAACAAGGAUUACCUGAACAGCGAUGGUUCUGCCAAAAGUUCCUGCGUAUCCAAAGAUGUUCCCAACAAUGUGGACAUGUCCAAAUUUGAUAGCUUUGUACUCUAUGGGAAGAGGAAGCCCAUCCUGAUGUGUUUCUUGUGCAAGUUCUCCUUUGGCUACGUCCGCUCGUUUGUGGCCCACGCGGUGCACGAUCAUCGGAUAACUCUGAGCGAGGAGGAGCGGAAAAUUCUUAGCAAUAAGAACAUCUCCGCCAUCAUCCAAGGGAUAGGCAAAGACAAGGAGCCCCUUGUAAGCUUUCUGGAACCAAAAAGCAAAAACCUUUCACACCCUUUAGUUUCCACAGCUGACCUCAUAAGCCCAGGACACAGUUUCUAUGGCAAAUUCAGUGGGAUUCGUGUGGAGGGGGAGGAGGGUUCCCAGACUGGGGCUACCAGUGCAAGUGAACCACCCCGGCCAGACCUCUUAGCCCCCGGGGGCCUCUUAAACCUUGGGGGGCUGACGAGCUCUGCUCUGAAGACCCCGAUUACCUCAGUCCCCCUGGCCCCACCUGCUUCCAGCCCCGCAGUAUCCUCUGAAGAGAAGGGCCCAGGGGGGGCAGGGUGUGAAACGCAAGGGCUGGCUGCGCCGGCCGGCCUCUUGGAGAAGGCGGAAUCAGCUGGUGGGGAGGAGGAGGGGGGGGAGGGGGCGGGGGGCGGGUGUGGCAAAGGGCUGUUCUCGUGCAGGCUGGAGGACGGCCUGGCAGAAAGGCUUCCUGCAGAGCCCGGGGCGGCGGCAAGUGGCGGCAGCAGCCCGAAGGAUCUUGCUUGCUCAAACCAAAGUGUAUCUCCCUUGAUGCCUGACGUGCUUCAGACGGUGUUGAGGGGCACGGCUUCUUCUGGUUCUCAUUCUGCUUCUUCCUUUGUCUUUGACGGUGCAAACAGGAGGAAUUGUUUAAGCUUUAACAGUGGCGGUAGCGAGGGCAGCCAGAGGCUGGACUUCAGUGACGAAAGUGCCAAUAGGGACGAUGCUCCGGUCCCAGAACCAAAGGAGGGUCUUGAGGGGGAGGACGGGAUCUGCGCCUCCCACCACCAGCACGGGGGGCCCCUCUGUGAGCUUGGGGGUGGGGAGUGCCCUUCGGGGAGCGGGGUGGAGUGCCCAAAGUGCGACACCAUCCUGGGGUCCUCGCGCUCCCUGGGCGGCCACGUGACCAUGACGCACUCACGGAACUCCUGCAAGACGCUCAAGUGCCCCAAGUGCAACUGGCACUACAAGUACCAGCAGACGCUGGAGGCCCACAUGAAGGAGAAGCACCCGGAGCCGGGCGGGGCCUGCUCCUACUGCCGGACUGGGCAGCUGCACCCCCGGCUCGCCCGGGGCGAGAGCUACACCUGUGGCUACAAGCCCUUCCGCUGCGAGGUCUGCAACUACUCAACUACAACCAAAGGCAACCUCAGCAUUCACAUGCAGUCGGACAAGCACCUCAACAACAUGCAGAACCUGCAGAACGGAGGCGGGGAGCAAGCGUUCGGCCACACUGCGGGGGCCGUGGCUGUGGCCACGGCGGCCGCAACCAACCUAAGUAGCGGCUGUGGGGCCCCCUCCCCCACCAAACCAAAAAGCAAACCAACCUGGCGAUGCGAGGUGUGUGACUACGAGACCAACGUCGCCAGGAACCUCCGCAUCCACAUGACCAGCGAGAAGCACAUGCACAACAUGAUGCUGCUGCAGCAGAAUGUGAACCAGAUGCAGCACAGCCGCCACCUGGGCCUGGGCAGCCUGCCGGCCGAAGCUGAGCUCUACCAGUACUACUUGGCCCAGACUCUGAAGGUGGACGGCAGCAGCACAACCCCCGAGGCCCAGUUCCUGAUGGGCGGCAAUUUCCAGGUGGAUCCCACCAGUACGAUCGCCUCAGUGGCCCCACCCCUAGUAGGUGGAGAGAUCCCUCUGGACCCACGCCUUGGGGGUGGGCAACUGGUCUCUGAGGAGCUAAUGAACCUGGGGGAGACCUUUGCCCAGACCAGCGACCCCUCGCUGAAGCUUUUCCAAUGUGCUGUGUGCAACAAGUUCACCACUGACACCCUGGACCUUCUGGGGCUGCACAUGAGUGUGGAGCGUGAUCUGCCUGAGGAGGAGUGGAAGGUGGCGAUGGGGGACGCCUACCAGUGCCGGCUGUGCCACUACAACACGCAGCUCAAGGCAAACUUCCAGCUCCACUGCAAGACUGAUAAGCACGUGCAGAAGCAUCAGCUGGUGGCCCACAUCAAGGAGGGUGGCAAGGCCAAUGAGUGGCGCCUCAAAUGUGUGGCCAUUGGGAACCCGGUGCACUUGAAGUGCAACGCCUGCGACUAUUACACCAACAGCCUGGAGAAGCUGCGCCUUCACACCGGGAACUCCCGGCAUGAGGCCAGCCUGAAGCUGUACAAGCACCUUCAGAACCAUGAGAGCGGAGUGGAGGGGGAAGGCUGCUUUUACCAUUGUGUGCUCUGCAACUACUCCACCAAGGCCAAGCUGAAUCUCAUUCAGCACGUUCGUUCCAUGAAGCACCAGCGGAGUGAGAGUUUGCGGAAGUUGCAGCGCUUGCAGAAGAGCCUGCCUGAGGAAGAGGAGGACCUGGGCCAAAUCUUCACCAUCCAGAAAUGCCCAACAACUGACACUGAGGAGCUCAUUGGCGAUGCGGAAGGACCCGGCGAGGUGGCAGCGCACCCAGAGGAACCAGCCAAGGAGGCAGAGAGUGUGGCCGACAAGGACCAGGCCAGGAGGGCAGCUCAAGGCCCCCAGGCCAAGAAGGAGCCGGCAGACCCCCCGCUCUCCUCCAAACAUGCUUCAUUCUCAAGACACUCAGAGUCACCUGUCCCCAAAUGGCCAACGUCAUCUGAUGAGGCAAGGUUGGAGCAGAUGUACCAGUGCCCAUACUGCAAGUACAGCAAUGCCGAUGUCAACCGGCUGCGGGUACAUGCUGUGACCCAGCACUCCAUCCAGCCGAUGCUCCGCUGCCCGCUCUGUCAGGACCUGCUCAGCAACAAGCUCCACCUUCAGCUGCACCUCACCCACCUGCACAGCGUGUCUCCGGACUGCGUGGAAAAACUCCUCUUGACGGUGACCACACCAGAGGUGAUGAUGCCCAGCAACAUGUUCCUCCCAGUAGCAGCACCGGAUCAAGACGGGAAUGAGGAAUCCCUCAAGCAGCCUGAGACCGCUGAGGAAGCGGGCAAGAGCCUGAUGUCAUUGCCAGAGAGUGUGGAGCACGGUGGCAACGGAGGGAAGCCUGCAGCCUCUGAGCAGCAAAUUGCCAAGGAUGAGGCUGGAUUCUUUUGCUGGAAGAAGGGGUGCGGCCAGGGCUUCAGGAGUUCUGCUGCCCUCCAGGCACAUUUCAGUGAGACUCAUGCCAAGCGCCCACAACUUCCGGUUUCCGAUCGCCAUGUCUACAAAUACCGCUGCAGCCAGUGCAGCCUGGCCUUCAAAACCAUUGAGAAGCUUCAGCUGCACUCCCAGUACCACGUCAUCCGGGCAGCCACCAUGUGCUGCCUUUGCCAACGGAGCUUCCGCACCUUUCAGGCCCUAAAGAGGCACCUGGAGACGAGCCAUCUGGAUCUGAGUGAAGCCGACGUCCAGCAACUGUACAGCGGGCUCCUGGUCAAUGGGGAUCUGUUCACCGUGGGUGACCCUUCACUGACUGAGGACCACACCAUCGUUGGCGAGGAGGAUAAGGAGGAGGAGGCCAGCGACCAGGAAGACAAGCAGAGCCCUGCGGGAAGUGACGCUGGGUCCUUGCAGGAGGAUGCUGGCUUGGAACCCAAACGGGCUCUUCCCUUCCGGAAGGGCCCGAACUUCACCCUGGAAAAGUUCCUGGACCCGUCCCGCCCGUACAAGUGCACAGUUUGCAAAGAAUCCUUCACCCAGAAGAACAUCCUUCUGGUCCACUACAACUCAGUUUCUCACCUGCACAAGCUGAAACGGGCCCUCCAGGAGUCUUCCGCCGGCCAGUCCGAGCCCACCAGCAGCCCGGACCACAAGCCCUUCAAGUGCAGCAUCUGCAGCGUGGCCUACAGCCAAAGCUCCACCCUGGAGAUCCACAUGCGCUCUGUCCUGCACCAGACCAAGGCUCGAGCAGUGAAGCUGGAGGCUGUCGGGGGCAGCGGCAGCAGCAAUAGCAGUGUUUCCCUGGGCUCAUCCGUGCCCAGCCCCGUGGGCGUCUGCGCCACCAGCACCAGCAGCAUGAGCCUCUCCUCCUCCUCCUUUUCAUCGUCGUCGUCCUCCUCUUUUGCCCAGAGCAACACAAGCACAGGCAGCACAGCCUCUGCCUCCAGCCUUCUCGCCCAGGCCCCCUGUGACAGCACUGGGCCCCCUCCUCUGAACCUACCCGUCACCCCAGCUGCAGCUCCCGCGAGCCCUUCCGAACCUAAAGGGGCCACUUGUAAGAAGCCAGGAGAUGCGGUGGCUGGUCACCAACAGCAGCCGCAGCAACCGCCGCUGCCACCACCGCCACACUCUUUGGUGCAGGCCCAGAUGCAGCAAGAGCUGCAGCAACAAGCAGCGCUUCUGCAGUCCCAGCUUUUCAACCCUGCACUCCUGCCCCACUUCCCAAUGGCCCCAGAAGCCCUCUUGCAGCUGCAGCAGCAGCAGCAGCAGCAGCUGCUCUUCCCAUUCUACCUUCCCAGCACGGAAUUCCAGCUGAACGCUGAGCUCAGCUUGCCACUGACCAGUGGCACGCUGGCGCUGGCGGGGAGUGGGCCUGGCCUGCCGGAGGACCUGAAAGCACAGCUCCCUCAGCUGAGCCACCCGCAGAUCCCACAGAUGCCGCAGCCGCCACAGCUUGCAUUGCCCCAGCCUGCUUGCGUCCUCCUCCAGCCAAGCCUGCCCCCAGACAAGAAGACCAAGCCGGUGGGGAAGGAGUCUGAGGCCCCAAGGGUGCAGGAGGGCCUGGGGCAGGGGCAGAGAGCCCCUGCCUGCCAGGCGCUCGUGCCUGAGACCAGCGAGGCCCAAGACCAGGCUGACCGGGUGAGGGUGGGGGUCGCAGAAGCUGUGGGAAGUGGCUUAUGGGGGGCUCUCUUGCCACCUCCCCGAAUUGCUGCCGAUGCCCGUGGGAAUGCCACCAAAGCCUUGCUGGAGAACUUUGGGUUUGAGCUGGUCAUCCAGUACAACGAGAACAAGCAGAAGAAGGCUGGGAGGGCCGAGCCGGCGGAUGGUGUGGACAGGCUGGCAUGCGGGACUUGCAGCAAGUCCUUCUCCAAUGUCCUCAUCCUGAAAAGCCACCAGGAGCACGUCCACCAGCAUGCCCUUCCCUUCCAGCAGCUGGAGAGGUUUGCCAGGCAGUACCGGGAACACUAUGACAAACUCUACCCACUGCGGCCUCCGACCCCUGAGCCGCCCCCGCCACCCCCUCCUGCCUCCGCCCCCUCCCUGCCCACUGUGCCACCCCCGCAGUCUUCCACGCCCACCCUCCAGGCUCCCACCCCAUCCAUGCCCUCUCCCUCCAUUGCCCCCGCCCAGCCGUCCCUGCCCCUCGCGCAGCUAGCCAUGCCCAUGGAGCUGCCUCUUUUCUCCCCGCUCAUGAUGCCAACCAUGCCUUUGCAAGCCCUGCCAGCCCAACUGCCACCCCAGCUUGCCCCUGUGGACCCUUUACCAGCAGAGUUGGCCCAGCUGUACCAGCACCAGCUCAAUCCAGGCCUUUUGCAGCAGCCGCCACAGCAGCAGCAGCAGCAGCAGCAGAAUAAAAGGCCGCGGACACGGAUCACCGAUGACCAGCUCCGGGUCUUGAGGCAAUACUUUGACAUCAACAAUUCCCCCAGCGAGGAGCAGAUCAAGGAGAUGGCGGAUAAAUCCGGCUUGCCCCAGAAGGUGAUCAAGCACUGGUUUCGGAACACGCUCUUCAAGGAGCGCCAGCGCAACAAAGACUCGCCCUACAACUUCAGCAACCCUCCUAUUACCAGCCUGGAGGACCUGAAAGUAGACUCCCGGCCCCCCUCCCCGGAGCCCCAGAAGCAUGAGUACUGGGGGAGCAAGCGGUCCUCCCGGACCCGCUUCACCGACUACCAGCUCCGGGUGCUGCAGGACUUCUUUGACGCCAAUGCAUAUCCGAAGGAUGACGAGUUCGAGCAGCUGUCUGGCCUGCUGAGCCUCCCCACCCGCGUGAUUGUGGUGUGGUUCCAGAAUGCUCGCCAGAAGGCCAGGAAGAAUUACGAGAAUCAGGGGGAAGGCAGAGAUGGGGAACGGCGGGAGCUGACAAAUGACCGGUACAUCCGGACAAGCAACCUGAAUUACCAGUGCAAGAAGUGCAGCCUCGUCUUCCAGCGCAUCUUCGACCUUAUCAAGCAUCAGAAGAAGCUCUGCUACAAGGACGAGGACGAGGACGGGCAGGAGGAUAGUCAGAACGAGGACUCGAUGGACGCCACAGAGCUCCUGACACCCAGCAGCUCCUCCUGCAGCACCCCGAUGCCUCCCCAGGCUUGUGGCACCCCUGUCUCCUCUGCAAGCGCGGCCGGUCUGCCGCAGAUGCCCCCUGAGGCAGGCGAGGACAGCUCUGCUGCAGGCCGAUCUAAAGCAAACGCUACUGAUGAGAAACCAAAGCACCCCGAACCUCCAAGUAUGCAACAGAACCAAACUUCAGAGAAGCAAGCGCAGCCAAAGCAGGGCGGGCAGCAGCUGCUGCAGGGCCGGGGAGAGCCAAAGCCCACCCCGGUGCACCCGAAGGCCUCCCCGCCCGCCCAGCAGCAGCCGGGCCAGCCACCACAGGGUGGCCUGCCCCGGCCGAGUCCGUCCCCCUCCCCGCUUUCCCACCUGCCUCUCAAGCCCCUCCCUGCGUCUGGUCCCCAGCCACUGGCCAGCCUGCCGCCUCAGCUCGUCCCGUACCAGUGUGACCAGUGCAAGCUGGCCUUUCCCUCCUUCGAGCACUGGCAGGAGCACCAGCAGCUGCACUUCCUGAGUGCCCAGAGCCAGUUCCUGCACCCUCCGUUCCUGGAGAGGGCACUUGACCUUCCCUUCAUGCUCUUCGACCCCGGCAGCCCCCUGCUGGCCAGCCAGCUGCUGUCUGGGACGCUCCCCCAGCUGCCCAUGAGCUCGGCUGCCUCGCCCUCUGCCCCAACCUCAGCCACAGGCCCCCUGAAGAGGAAGCUGGAGGAGGGAGCCAGCGCGAGCCCUCUCGGGCACGACGGCAACGUGGGCGGGGAGGAGCCACAGCGGGACAAGCGCCUCCGGACCACAAUCACCCCUGAGCAGCUGGAAGUCCUGUACCAGAAGUACCUGCUGGACUCCAAUCCCACGCGGAAGAUGCUCGACCACAUUGCCCACGAAGUGGGCCUGAAGAAGCGCGUGGUACAGGUUUGGUUCCAGAACACGCGGGCCCGGGAGAGGAAGGGGCAGUUCAGAGCAGUGGGCCCCGCCCAGGCCCAUCGGCGGUGCCCUUUCUGCCGGGCCCUCUUCAAAGCCAAGACAGCUCUGGAAGCGCACGUCCGAUCCCGGCACUGGCAUGAAGCUAAGCGGGCAGGGUACAACCUGACCUUGUCCGCCAUGCUUUUGGACUGUGAAGGGGGAGGGCUCGUGGGGAGGGGAGACCUCUUGGAUGGGGCCAGCUUCACACACCUGCCCGCCCCUGGCAGUAGCGGCGACAGCCAGGGUAUCCCCCUCUCCCCCACAAGCAGAUCUUUGGAGCUGUCUCCUCGGGCCCUCCUGAGCCCAUCCUCCAUCAAAGUGGAAGGGGUGGAAGACCUUGAGAGCCCCUCAAUGUCUGCUGUCCACCUGAGCUUUGACCAGGCCAAGCUGGACAAUGACGACUGCUCCUCUGUCAACACAGCCAUCACGGACACCACUACGGGCGAUGAGGGCAACGCAGACGACAGCGCCACAGCUAGAUGCGCCUCAGGGCCAAGCGAGGGUCUGACCAAGGCGGCCAUGCUGGCCAUGUCGGAGUAUGACGACGGGCUCUCUUCGGGCCUGGUGAGCCCAGCGCCCAGCUUCUAUAGCCGGGAGUAUGACAACGAGGGCACCGUGGAUUACAGCGAGACAUCGAGCCUGGCAGACCCUGGUUCUCCUAGCCCAGGCACAAGCGGCUCAGCAGGCAAACCAGGGGACAGUGGGGAUCGGCCAGGACAGAAGCGCUUCCGGACACAGAUGACCAACCUCCAGCUGAAAGUCCUGAAGACCUGCUUUAGCGAUUACAGGACGCCGACCAUGUUGGAGUGUGAGGUUCUGGGCAACGAUAUUGGGCUCCCCAAGAGGGUGGUUCAGGUCUGGUUCCAGAAUGCCCGAGCCAAAGAGAAGAAGUCCAAGCUCAACAUGGCCAAGCAUUUUGGCAUUAAUCAAGCCAGCUACGAGGGGCCCAAAACAGAGUGCACUUUGUGUGGCAUCAAAUACAGUGCCCGUCUGUCUGUUCGUGACCAUAUCUUCUCCCAGCAGCACAUCUCCAAAGUGAAGGAGACUAUUGGGAGCCAGCUGGACAAAGAGAAGGAGUACUUUGACCCAGCCACCGUCCGUCAGCUGAUGGCACAGCAAGAGCUGGACCGAAUCAAGAAGGCCAAUGAAGUUCUUGGCUUGGCCACCCAGCAGCAAGGCCUGUUUGACAGUCCCCCUCUGCAGGCUUUGAACAUUCCUGCCAACUACCCAGCAGCCCUUCAGAGCAUCCCUCCUGUCCUGUUGCCAGGCUUGAACAGCCCAUCAUUGCCUGGCUUCACCCCUUCCAAUACAGCUUUAACGUCUCCCAAACCCAGCCUGAUGGGUCUCCCGGGCACAAGCAUUCCCUCGCCUGGCCUUCCCACCUCGGGAUCACCAAAUAAGACGCCGUCAGCCCCCCUGAGCUCCCCCCCGCCAGCACAAGCAUCGGUGGCCGUGGUCUCUGCAACACCCCUCCCGCUGCGGAAGGACAAGGAGAGCGAGAAGGUGAAGGAGAAGGACCGCGUGUCCAAGGGGAAGGGGGAGGCCCUGCUGGGGCCCAGGAAGGACAAGGGGGAGGUACCUGCCCCCAGCCUGGCCCUCUCUGCCCCGCUGCCUGCGGUGGAGCACUCUGUGGAGCCCACCCAGCUCCAGGCCCUGCAGGCGGCCCUCAGCUCAGACCCCACAGCCUUGCUGACCAGCCCGUUCCUCCCAUGCUUCGUCCCCGGCUUCUCUCCGUACUACGCCCCACAGCUCCCAGGGGCUCUGCAGAGUGGAUACUUCCAGCCCAUGUACGGCAUGGACGGCCUCUUCCCCUACAGCCCGGCCCUGUCGCAGGCCCUGCUCAGCUUGUCCCCAGGCGCCCUGUUGCAGCACUACCAGCAAUAUCAGCAGAGCCUCCAGGAGGCGUUGCAACGGCAGGCGCAGCCACCCCUGCCCAAAGGAAGCCAGCCCCCCAUCCCUGGGGAGGGUGCCGCCCCAGAAAAACGCCCUGCCAAAGAAUCCCCACAGCCGGACAAGCAGAAGAGCGCGCCCCGCGAGGGCUCCCCCCAAGGAGAGCCUGCCGCAGGAAGCAGCAGCAGCCGCGCCCUGGACUCCCUCUGCGACCCCUUCAUUGUCCCCCCGGUGCAGUACAGGCUGGUCUGCCAGGAGUGCCAGGCCGGCUUUGGGACCCGGGAGGCAGCUGACGACCACCUGAAGUCCCUCUGCUGCUUUGGCCGGUCGGCGGGGAGCCUGCCUGAGAUGGCGCUUCAGGUGCUCGCUGGCGGCGGCGGCUCCUACCAGUGUGUGGCAUGCGAGAGCACGGUGUGCGGGGAAGAGGCCCUCCAGCAGCACCUCGAGUCUGCCCCCCACAGACACCGAACGAUCCCCCGAGCAGCCAGAAACGCCAAAGAGCCCCCCAGUCGAUUACCUCACUCCGCCCGCCCCCCCGACCCGAGCACCGCAUCUACCUCGCAGCCUGCCGCUCGCCCCAAGGACGGCCCUGGCCCCCCACCCGCCGCUCCCCUCCACGCCUCCAGAGAGCCCUGGCCUCCGGCGGCGCCCCCCCCGGGGACCCCCCCCGGGAAGCCCCCACCUCUCUCCUCAUCUUCAACGGUUACCUCAAGCUCAUGCAGCACCUCAGGGGUUCAGCCCUCUCUGAUGCCAAGGAAAGACGGUUCGGAGGAGUCUGACUCGGACCGUGGCCCGGAGGCCGGGGGGCCAGCAGACCCCAGCCGCCCCGGGGACGGCGGCCUCCCCGGCGUGGACGCGGACGCCUUUCAGUUGUAAGCUUUGAAGACGAACCCUCGCAAAGUGAACCUAGAAAAUAACAAACCAGUUUCAGAAACAGACUAACUGCAAUUCCAAAGCUUCUAACCAAAAAAGAAAACAGAAGAGAGACGCCUGGGUGGUUUUCCCAUCAGCCCGUGCCAGCAGAUCGGCUUGCCCUCGGGCAGCUGAAGGGUUCGCUGCGGCUCUCCCGAAGGUGGGCUCUCCCCCCCGCCUGAGAGCGCAGCGGAGGCCGGCAUCACCGUGUGGGAAAGCGGGCCACCCGGGGACCAUUUUAAUUCCAUGCUAUCUUAGCAUUCAGAUACCAAUGGCUUGCUUGCUAAAAGGAAAAAAAGAAAUGUAACGUCUUUUUAUUCUCAGGUCAAUCGCUCACACUUUGUUCGGUUUUCAGAAUCAUUGUUUUAUAUAAAUAUAUAUAUAAUUUC